AUGCCGUCUUCCUUUUUCUGGCUCUUCGCCCUCGUCGGCACUCCUAUUCUUGCCUACUCGCCCAAGAACGAGUACACUUUCACAUAUGUCUUUGUCCUCUUGACAGUUGAAUUCCUUCGUGCCUGUUGCAGUGGCCACAGCGACGAGUAUCCACCCUACCAAGCAACGCCCUACCAAGCGUCGUCCUACAAAGCAACGCCCUACCAAGCGUCGUCUUACAAAGCAACACCCUACCAAGCGUCACCCUACCAAGCGUCACCCUACCAAGCGUCACCCUACCAAGCGUCACCCUACCAAGCGUCACCCUACCAAAAGUCACCCUACCAAGAGCCACUCUACCGAGUACCCUCUCCCAUCAAGCCAAAGGCUACCUCUCCCACACCUGUGUCUGUAUUUGGAUACAACCCCGUCCACACCCCUUCACCACCCGAAUACGACGACGACUGGUAUACCAGUUGCGACGAUUUCCGCGCCAGAUACGAGGAGCACUAUUCCAGAUACGAUGAUCCCACGCCAACAUACAACAUCCCAAAGCCUUCCCCUCUCCCUUCCUCGGUCUACGGACAUUCACCCGACCUCCCAACGUAUUGCGGACAGGAACUACAUGAACACGUCGAACAACACGCAAUGGGUCGGUACCUAUACUACGGGAGGCUCUCGGACGCCCCCUCCUCUUCGUUCAUCAUUCGCGACGAGGCUCGGUGUGUUCUCGGCAUGUUCACUUGCAAAUCCCCAUACUGUCCCUUUCCAGCCAGGGCACACCGAGGGCAACGUAUCUGGAGUUCGGGCUCAAUCUGUGUCCGGGUGCUGGUCAACUCUGACGACGAAUACCAAACGAUCAUCCAUGCCCAGCAGUGUAAUACGUGCGGCCAGUUUGUUAAGCCCGAUAUUGACGAAGAUGUGUAUGCCAAGAGGAUUGUGGGCGCGCUGGAUUUCUGGACGGGACGGAGCCGCCGAGAGGCACGCAAUACUGAUUUUGUCAAGACGAGCCCUCAUGACUCUAAGCGGUGCCAUGGUUGUCAGAAGGGGAUUUCCCAAGUAACAUCACACCGCUACGCGACCUGCGAUAUCGUCGGCCAUUUCAUCACCUGUUACAACUGUACCCUCACCCAUACCUGCCAUUCUGGAAUCAUUUACACACAGCUCUUCAUGGCGUCCAACGGUCGGUACGGCACGAUUAUAGAUGCACAGCACUAUGCGAACAAGGGAUUCCAACCCGCCGCUGCCACUUUGACGUCUAUCCCGCCGUCUCCAGAGCGCAAACUGACUCCAGGCAAGGAAUUCGAUGGAUCCUACCUCCACGCCGAUGUCGCCCGCAAAUCCAACUCCCGCUACAACUACGACGAGAACCUGACAAAGUUGACUUGUGGACGAGCCGGGUCCCGAAGCAUCCUUGGUCAUUUCGUUUGCAAGACCUGCAACCCUCCUCACAAGUGGUAUUCUGGCACUAUUUGCACACAGCUCUUCGUUGAUUCCAAUGACCAGUACCGGACUAUCUUGCAUGCCCAGCAGUGUCGACGCUGUGAGACUUAUGUUAAGCCCAAAAUGGACAAGGAGAAUUAUGUCAAGAAGGUUGUGAGCACGUUGGAUCUGUGGACGGGUCGUCGGGAGCGACUGGAGCCGAGGGAUGACUUCAAGGAGACCGAUAGUCACGACGAGGAUAGGUGCCAUGUUAACCCCUGCCCAACCAUCCUUCACUCCACAACACAAAUCCACACACAAAUCCACAACCCACUCUCCAAACAAAAGGACCUCAGCCCCCCUGCUUCUUCCACCUCCAUGUUUUCUUCAACCCUGCCACCACCCAAACUGGUCCGAGGCAAGGAAUUCGAUGGCGCCGACCUCCACGCCGCAGUCAUUCGUGGAUCUGGUCACCAUUACAAGUACAACCAGCAGCUCUCAAACGCUACAUCUGACCGCCCGGACCAGUCCCGAUUCAUCGUUGGCAGUUUCACGUGCACCAGAUGCUCCUGCACCCGAAACCACACUUGGUACUCUGGCGUCAUUUGUACCCAGAUCUUUUUUACCUUGGAUGAUCGUUACCGAACCAUCUUGCACGCCCAGCAGUGUCGACGUUGUCAGGCCUAUGUCAAGCCCGAGGUUGAUGAGGACAACUAUGUCAAGAAGAUUGUGAGCGCGUUAGAUCUGUGGUCGGGUCGUCGGGAGCGAAUGGAGCCGACGGGGGACUUCAAGGAGACCGACCCUCAUGACAAGGAGAGAUGUCAUGCUGAGUACGCCAAGAAACCCACCUCCACUACUUCCUCGGACAUCGCCGCGGAAACACACCGCGGAAAAGCAGCCUCGAUAGUCGACCAAGACCUAGACGACCCCCACGUGCAACAGACCAUAGACUCCCUCGACCUCGACACGGCCGCAGAGCUCAAAAGCCGUCAUAGUUCUCACGAUACAGCUGCCCUCCUCAACAAGGAUGGGCUCGAACUUCAGCAAGAUGAUGUCAUUAUAACAUCUACAGCAACAACAACAACAGCCACGUCGGUACUGUUGGAGGAUAAGCAGCGGUCCGAGGAAGAGUUCUCCUGGUUCGUCGACAAGACCUACUCCACCACCACCACUUCAAACUCCGAAGAUGGCGACGACAAGGUUUCAUCACAAGACUUUGUCCCACUCUGGAAACGCAACGCCCGCGGCAAACACCAAAAGCACUCCAAACACCACCAUUCCAAACCCACUUCCACCUCUCCCAACAAGAACGAGAUUGAAGACUUGAAGGACGCGCCGGUAGCGAUCCGGGGUCUGGUCCGGAUGCUGGAACAUGAACGUGCUCGCAAUGUCACGGUCAUGGAUAUGCGCCAAAAGUGUGAUUGGACCGAUUGGAUGGUUAUUGCUGAGGGGCUCUCGGAGCGACAUGUUGGAAACGUUGCCGAUCAAGUCUACACCGCUUUGAAGAAGAUGCAGCCAAAGACAUCCCCACCGCUCAUGGAAGGUCGGUCCACUCCAGACUGGGUAGUCAUCGACACAGGUUCAAUCAUCCUACACUUCAUGACCCACGAAACCCGUAAAGAACGGAACCUCGAAGGCCUCUGGGGCGCCGUCAAGGAUCCUCUCAAGUUAAAAGACGCAGAAGAGAUCUCGUGGGAAGACGUCCAGAAGAAACUGACAGAGAGCUGGAUGGAGGAUCCAGGACGGUCAAAGGGAGCGGAGCAUGGGAGUAAACGUGGACGGAGGGGAGAGGAGGAUCUUUCGUUGGAUGAAGUUGUCAAGGGCUGA